GGUCUCCUAGCAACCCCAGCGGAGACAGUAAACAUUGCCCCUGUCGGUUUAUUUCAUCUCGAGUCAGUGGAGUUCCAGAGGUGUAUUCAACAUGCCCCCGACAAGAGACCCCUACCCCUAUCCGAAGUUAGAAAACGAUGACAUGUACCUCGGAGGAGCAAGGAGCCGCUCGAAGAAAGUUCCACACUCCAAACCCACGCACUUGGCGCAGCAGGAGGAUCCCUGGAACCGCCUCAACGCGCGAGUAACCCUGGCCAGCGCCAGGAGAGAAAGAUUUCACUUCGACCAAGAGGCACCGAGAGACAGUUUGGAUUUCCAUCUUAAGACCACGUACAACCAUCAUGAGGGAUUCCUGAGAGACACGAACGAGACCCUCUUUCAGAAAGAAACCUUUAGUGAUGACCACGGGAGAAUCUUGAAGAACCGAGUGAAAGAACCGCCUGCCCCACCAGAACUCCAAAGAACUCCCAUCAGGGUCUGGACGAACCCCCAGAAAGAAUCAAUCCACAGCACACACGGAGCUGUAGAAAGCCAUCACAACGCAUCUACUAACCGGGGAUACUCGAGAAAGCACGACGGCGGCUUUUACUCAGUUUAAUAAUCGAGCGAGGGUGCUUGGAUGUAUUAGUAUAGUGCUCGCUUCUCUUCAUGUCAUGCAUGCACUGUAGAUUAUGCAAUGCGCUCUGGCGCUGCACGCAAACCCUGUUGUUUUAGCACUGUGAACACGCCUGUAAUAAACACUGUGAACACGGCAUUUCUGAAAGUGCAUUUUGUACAAUGAACACGUGAUUGUGCCGCUCCCAGAAUAGAUGCAUGAAUUAAAACCAGCAAUAUAACUUUUGAGAGUGGUCAUUAAUUCACCUUGCAGCCACAAUAUCGAUCAAUAUUGUUUUUAAUUAUUAUUAGCACGCUUCUCUAUCCCAAAUAUAUAUAUUAAAAAACCUAUCUCUGAAAUCACUUGCGCGUAUGUUCUCGCCCACACCAUUUUCAGUUUCACACAGACACACACACACACACACCGCAAAAGGAAAACGCGCACGUAUGGUCUGAUCAGAAUCGCCUCUAUACUCAUCGGCCAGGGUAACAGACCCGGAAUGAAUCCCGAAUCCGGCCCCAGCCCUAGUAUAUCUGAUCAACUCAUCACUUCAGAACCACCAUCGUGGAUUUGCCUUGAUUUAGCGAAAUUGCCUCACGCACACUGCUAAAUAUUUAGCUAGCGUGUCGGAUUUUUAUCAUCUCAGCACCAGAGCAAGGCUGAAACUCUGGCCUGAUCAAAUAAGAUCACUGUGUAGUU